CUCUGCCACGGAAUGGCAAGAGUACAGGUUGUUCUCAAAUGGGGCCCCCACCGCUGCCUCCAAGAUAAAACUCCAUGUCCUCUUGUGCUCAACAACCAGCUGUGCACCAUACUGGCGUGUCAAGUAUCCUUCAUCCUGAUAACUGACAACGGGAACCUCAGCACUGCCGAAGAUUGUGUGCUGGAGAUUGUGGUUGUCCACGUAGGCCAGAAAGCGUCUCCGCCAACUGAGAAAAGUGUCGGCGGUGCAAUUAGGCGGGAUUCUAGGCACAGGAGUUCUGACAAUUGUACCUCCCAGAGGCAAACCCGGCACCCCAUACCGCCAUCAUGACUCACCCCGCCUGGCCACAUUGGCCUCACCGGUGCAGAUGAAGCCCCUCCAGGAGCAACUAGACCGUCGCCUCCUGAGCUGCUGCCGGCAGGUGCACCCGCAGACCGCCGCUGUGCUGCCCUAAGCUCCACCGGCUCACCUUUGGCCUCCUUCUUCUCAGCCUUGGCCUCCUGUAUUGCUCGUAGCGCCUCAUCCAACCUCGCGCUCAGAGUUGCGUCCUCCUCCGUUCCAGACAUAUCAAACUAAAACUCUAAACCCUCCCUGCUGUCCCAGCCUCGAAGUGCUGUCCCAGCUAUAAACCCUGCUGUCCCGGUCCCCGCAAUGGCCACCGCACCAGCUAUGCACUGCUGUCCUCGCCCCCUUUGGCCGCGAUCCCAGCUAUGAAAAUGGCGUCCGCUACCCCGAUGGCCCAGCUCCCACCGCUCAGACGCCAAUACCCACUACCAACACCAGGCCUUAAAAUAUAUUGUCUUCGGGUGCGGUAGCUCG